AUGGCAUCAAUUUCAGUGUCAAAGAAAAAAAUUGCAGUUAUUGGUUCGGGUAAUUGGGGAAGUGCAUUUGCUAGUCAUGUUGGUGAAAAAGUUCGUGAAUUAAAAAGUCAAUAUCAUGAACAAAUUUUAAUGUGGUGUAAAGAAGAAAUAUUAGAUGAUGGAAGUAAAUUAAGUGAAAUCAUUAAUCGAGAGCAUAAAAAUGUCAAAUAUUUACCAAAUAAAAAAAUUCCAGACAAUAUUAUUGCUGUACCUGAUCUUGUUGAAGCAGUUAAAGAUGCUGAUAUACUUGUUUUUGUUAUACCACAUCAAUAUGUAAAAAAUACUUGUGAACAAAUAAAAAAUAAAAUAAAAAAAGAUGCAUUUGCUUUAACAUUAAUUAAAGGAUUUCAUGUCGAUGAAAAAACAAAUGAACUUUUACUUGUUUCACAGAUUAUUGAAAAUAUCUUACAUAUUCCAUGUGCUUGUAUGAUGGGAGCUAAUAUUGCUAAUGAAGUAGCUGAAAAAGUUUUUUGUGAAUCAACUGUUGGUUCUCGUAAUGAUAAACAUAGUGAAAUAAUUCGACAAUUAAUUGAUACAUCUCAUUUUCGUUUACGUUUUUUUCCUGAUAUUGAAAUUAUUCAAAUGCUUGGUGGUUUAAAAAAUAUUGUUUCAAUGUUAGUUGGUUUUUCAGAAGGUUUAGGUGCUGGUUUUAAUACUCGAGCAGCUAUUCUUCGAUUGGGUCUUCGAGAAAUGAUUAAUUUUUGUCGUUUAUAUAGAAAAGAAUCCACACCAGAAAUUUAUUUUGAAUCAUGUGGUAUAGCUGAUUUAAUAACAUCAUCAUUAGGUGGAAGAAAUUAUAUGGGUGCAAAAAAAAUGGCUAAAACAAAUAAAUCAUUAGAAGAUAUUGAAAAAGAACUUAAUGGACAAUCAUUACAAGGUCCAAGUACAGCAAAAGAAGUUUAUCAUUAUCUUCAAACGAAAAAUUUAUUAGAUAAAUUUCCAUUAUUUCGUGAUGCUUAUCUUAUUUGUGAACAAAAAAUAAAACCACAUGUAUUUAUCGAUAACUUACCGACACAUCCAGAAUUCGAUCAAAAAAAUCGAAAAAGAUCAUAA